UCGGUCCUCAAGUUCUGUGCUCUCGUUUGGUGUUUCACUUGGGACUUUGGAAUAACCGGAGUACACGGCAUGCAGUUUGGUUUGAUUUAGAUUUUUAGAUUUGAGAUGGAGCUACACAAUUGAAGAAACAUAUUUCAAAGCUCGGAUCUUUCUUACCAAAUAGAAACAAAGAAAACCCAGUCAAUGACCGAGAGGGAGAGCCAAAGAGCCACCUAGUAUCCUAGGUCCCUUUGUUGUGUACUACUUGGCUUCUGUUUUGUUCUUUUUUUGGGCGGCCAAAAAGCUCAAAUACCCAAGCCAGCUUCUCUCUCUCUCCUUCUCUAUCUGACUCACUGGUCUCCAUUAGCAGCUGUGUGUUUAGGUUGGGGAUGAACCGUUGUGCCUGCUGAACUCGGUUCUGGGGCUCUUGUUUGCUUUGUGUAUCUCUGUUUCUGGUGAAGCAAUGGCGGAAUACAUCUGGGUUAUCAACAAGGAAAGUUUGAUUAUCAAGCCGGCUCCCAAGAACUCUCCUUUGUUUCUGAGAAUGAUAGUCUUAAUGUUUGCAAUGGUCUUUGGAGUUUAUAUCUGCUCGAUAUGUCUAAAGCAGAUCAGUGUGGAAACUAUGACUAAACUCGAAAACAUCAAAGUCGUUGGAAGGCCUCCUCAUGAAACCAAACUAUCAGAUAUUCCUUUAAUGCAUUAUCCAAUGCCGGAAACUUUUAGCAGGGCUGACUGUGCACGUAAUCCUGUAAGAUUCUUCGCAAUCUUAUCAAUGCAAAGAUCAGGAAGUGGAUGGUUUGAAAGCCUACUAAAUAGUCACAAGAAUGUUAGUUCUAAUGGAGAAAUAUUUUCCGUCAAGAAUAGGAGGGCAAAUAUUUCUUCAAUUGUACAGACCCUAGAUAAAGUUUACAAUUUGGACUGGUACAGUAGCGCUUCCAAGAAUGAGUGCUCUGCAGCAACUGGCUUCAAGUGGAUGCUUAAUCAGGGAUUAAUGGACCACCAUGAAGAAAUUGUAGAAUACUUCAAUCGCAGGGGAGUUUCUGCGAUAUUUCUCUUUCGAAGAAAUUUAUUGCGCAGAAUGGUCUCAGUCAUUGCUAAUUCUUAUGAUCGGUAUGCAAAGCUAUUGAAUGGAACACACAAGGCACAUGUACAUUCAGCAAAAGAGGCCGAUACACUGUCAAAGUACAAGCCUAUUAUCAAUUGCACAAAGUUGAUUACAGAUCUUAAAGAAAUGGAGUUGACAGCUGCAAAGGCCAUAGAGUACUUCAAUAGCACCAGACACAUCGUAGUGUAUUAUGAAGAUAUUGUCAAAAACCUCACUGUCUUAAAAGAUGUUGAAGAGUUCCUCAGACUUCCUAAGAAGAGAUUAAAAAGCCAUCAAGUGAAAAUACACAACGGACCAUUGGCGGACCAUAUAAGAAACUGGGAUGACGUCAAGACGACGCUUACGGGAACACCAUAUGAAGAUUUUCUACACGCGGACUAUUAGGUGUAGUCCUCUACUAACUAAUUUAAGUCUGGUGUAAAUAUCCACUCGAGUUCUAUAUUCUUACCCUAGAAGGCAGAAUCUGACAGGAAUCACAGGAUAUUGCCCCUGCUGUUAAUAUUUUUGGCUACAAUACUGCUUGGUGUUUCGAUCCUUGUUUCAUCAACGAGUUGUUGAUGUGUCAUGUGCUAAUUCACGCCAUGUUUCUCUUUGUAUUUACCAGAAAAGCGCAUUGUAUAUGUUCAGCUAAAUAUUGUGAGUGAAUGUGCAAUUCUUUAACUUGG